GUCAAAUCGAGCCUCUCUCGCGUCAUUUCCCGGAAUAUUACGAGGUGCAAGAUCACAUGAUUUAGGAACAUCAACAUGGCAGGAGGAAUGGAUAGAGCACGGCGCAUGCCGAAGAUUGCGGACUUUGAGAAGGAGUCCAUGUUUGGAUAUGUGUACGCAGUAUCCGGCCCUGUGGUGACGGCCCAGCAGAUGUCGGGCGCGGCUAUGUACGAGCUGGUGCGUGUGGGUCACGCGGAGCUGGUGGGGGAGAUCAUCAGGCUGGAGGGGGACAUGGCCACCAUCCAGGUCUACGAAGACACCUCUGGUGUGACUGUGGGCGAUCCCGUACUGAGAACAGGAAAACCUCUCUCUGUCGAGCUGGGGCCAGGAAUUAUGGGUAGCAUCUUUGAUGGUAUCCAGCGUCCGUUGGAGGACAUCUCAGAGCUGACACAGAGUAUCUACAUCCCCAAGGGAAUCAACACGCCAGCCCUCGACCGCUCCAAGAAGUGGGACUUUGAGCCCCUCAACAUCAAGAUCGGGAGCCACGUGACCGGUGGCGACAUCUACGGCGUCGUGUAUGAAAACAUCCUCAUCAAGCACAAGAUCAUGGUUCCUCCGAAGGCAAGAGGAACCGUCACAUUCAUCGCCGAGCCCGGAUCAUACGAUGUCAACGAAGUGAUUCUGGAGACCGAGUUUGACGGAGAGCGCACCAAGCACACCAUGUUGCAGGUGUGGCCCGUGCGUCAGAUGCGACCCUCCGCUGACAAGUUGGCCGCUAACUACCCUCUGCUGACUGGACAGAGAGUACUUGACUCACUCUUCCCAUGUGUGCAGGGAGGAACCACUGCUAUCCCAGGGGCCUUUGGGUGUGGCAAGACCGUCAUCUCCCAGUCCCUGUCCAAGUACUCCAACAGUGACGUCAUCGUCUACGUCGGCUGCGGGGAGAGAGGAAACGAGAUGUCAGAAGUACUCAGAGACUUCCCACAGUUGACUAUGGAGGUGGAGGGCAAGCCGGAGAGCAUCAUGAAGAGGACAGCCUUGGUGGCCAACACCUCCAACAUGCCGGUAGCUGCCAGAGAGGCCUCCAUCUACACAGGUAUCACCCUAUCCGAGUAUUUCCGUGACAUGGGUUACAACGUGUCCAUGAUGGCUGAUUCCACGUCCAGAUGGGCCGAGGCUUUGAGAGAAAUCUCUGGUCGUCUGGCUGAGAUGCCUGCUGACUCCGGCUACCCAGCCUACCUGGGCGCUCGUUUGGCCUCUUUCUACGAGAGAGCUGGUCGUGUCACGUGUCUCGGAAACCCCAGCAGAGAGGGCUCCGUCAGUAUUGUUGGAGCCGUGUCUCCCCCUGGUGGUGACUUCUCCGACCCCGUGACCUCUGCGACCCUGGGUAUUGUGCAGGUGUUCUGGGGGUUGGACAAGAAGCUGGCUCAACGUAAACACUUCCCCUCCAUCAACUGGCUCAUUAGUUACAGCAAGUACAUGCGAGCUCUUGAUGAGUUCUAUGACAAGAACUUCCCCGAGUUUGUGCCACUCAGGAAGAAGUGCAAGGAGAUUCUACAAGAAGAGGAAGAUGUCUCAGAAAUUGUACAGUUGGUCGGAAAGGGCUCUCUGGCAGAACCAGACAAGAUCCUCCUUGAGGUUGCCAAACUCAUCAAGGACGAUUACCUGCAGCAGAACGGCUACACUCCGUACGACAGGUUCUGCCCCUUCUACAAGACGGUGGGCAUGUUGAAGAACAUCAUCGCAUUCUACGACCUGGCCCGGCACGCCGUGGAGAGCACGGCACAGAGCGAGAACAAAAUCACCUGGGCCAUCAUCCGAGACCAGAUGAACGACAUCCUCUACAAACUCAGCAGUAUGAAGUUCAAGGACCCAGUCAAAGAUGGCGAGGCUAAGAUCAAGCAGGACUUUGAUGAACUCAACGAGGAGAUGCAGACAGCAUUCAGGAAUCUAGAAGACUAGACCAAGGUCAAGGUCACCCGACAUUGUGAUACGAAGGCUGUGUUUUUAAUGUGGACCAUAUUUCUCUGUUAGAAUACAACAUGUAGGUACUACACUAGUGAGUCAUUUUGUGAAUGUUUUACCAAAAGGCACGGAAUCAAAUGUUCAGCUUAACCAUUCAGAUUGUCAAGUCAUAUUUAGUUCUGGUUAUUCCAUAUCUUUCAAUCCUGUCUCUGCACAGUCACGGAGAGUUUGGUUAACCAUUUCCGAUCUUUAAUCAAACUUGGCCUUACUUUGUAGCUAUGUGUGUAUCCAACAUUUGAGAAUAUUUGGUAACAUAGUUUCCAUAAUAUACAACGGACUGUAUUCCCGGAAUGGCUGUAGAUAGAGCGGGUAUUUUGUAAAUAUGGAUGUAUUGAUUGAAUCAAGAUUACGACUGCUUUGUAUGUAUAAAUUGAACAUCAUCAUCGCCAAAUAAAACUACAGCAAAUUACAUAUCCCAUUUCAGCUGUGACUCGUAGUACGAUGUAGGAUAUGUGGAAACAUACCACUCAACGUUUGAUAAGGAUGCUGUGACGUUUCAUUUUAUGGACGAAUACAUAUCUCACUUCCUCUCCCCAUUCUGAAGCUGAAAUUUGUCCUUUGUGAAUAGCUGCAAUAUUGCUGAUACUUCGGUUAGCAAAAUUCACUCACUCACUCACUUAAAUGCGACAGUUCCAUGGCACUACUGUCGUCAUGACAACAUAUCUAACCAGUCAGUCACAUUCACCUGGAUGUCCUUAUAAAAAGUUGAGUGAUAUGUUACUGCAGGUAAAGCAUUAAUAUGAAAAUUUGCAAAAUAGAAAAUGUUAAAAAGAGAUGAAUUUUGAAAAACAAGCCAUAGUAAAAGGUUACAGUGUCUCGUUAAACAAAUGUCUGUUAAGAACAAUUGUAUUCUUUUGAAUGAAAUCCACUCUUUCUUUGAGUGAAUGACACAAAUUGUGAAGUCUUGUAUUGUGAUAGUGUAUGUCCACACAGUUUAGAACAGAGCAUGGAGUUUGUCAGAAUUUCACCCCAGAGUACAAGAGUGUUGUUGAGAAGAAUUGUUCAGUGAACUCACCAUUCCAUCCCAUUAUUGAUUCUUUAAGAGGGGAAUCCAUUGUUUACAUGGUAUGUUUCUCUGAAAAUAAUUUUCAGAUUGAUAUUAUUGGACAUUUUGUUUGUUUGUUGACGAAUGUUUAUUAAAGAAGAGAACUUUGUAUUCUAAAUGAGAUAUAAUGUUCAAGUGUGAACUAGUUAUGAAUUUUUUUGUAAUGUUAUUACAAUUUCUUUGAUCUGCCCUUAACAUGAACUGGUGAUCUGUAACAAGAUAGAAUGUCUUGAGUAGGUAUUUGAUGACAGAAGUCAAAACUAUUUCAAUCUUAUUUCAAUUUGGCAUGAUGUGUGCAACUCAUUUUCUAAAUCAGGUAAUAUCUAGUUCAGGUGACAGAUGCUCGAAAUAAAAAAAUGAACACCUUUUCACAGGACUUUCUGAAUUCACAGGAUUUUUUGAAUUGGCAGGACGUGUUGACGCUGUCAGAGUGUUUGCUGAUUACAUAUGUCAUAAUGCGAGUCCACCUUGAAAUUUGUUUGACAUGUGUCAUUUGUAAUCUAUUUCAUGAAGCACUUUGUUGAGACAAGUUUACAUCAAGUUCAUCCAUUGGCUAGUUAUGAUCAAUAGUCUAACCCAGUGUUAUACGGAAGAAGUAAAUGCAUGGCCGUUUCAUUUCGUUCAUAAUUUGAUUUGAUGCACACAUUUUUAUACACAUACCAAUUUCUUUUCCAUUAAAUGCUGUCGGAUAUUUAUUUCUGUGGGUAUCACUGUAUAGUUCCAAGAAGAUUUAAUCCUGUUCUGUAUGCAGUAUUUUAACUCAUGCACUAUGUAUAUGAAAGUAGAAGAAUCUUGUAUGAUUUGUUUCCUUUGGUGUAGGCUAGCUAGCUAGCUUGUGGAUACGUUUAGCAGAAGGAUUGAGCCUGAACAGGAAAGGGUCAGGACCGUUCACCAUGGUCUCCAGUUUUCUGCCCCCAAAUAAUCCUGUGUCAUCAUGAGUGAUUUAAGCAGAAUCAGUUUUAGAACAAAUUUGUCCUCAUUCAAAUCAGAGCAUGGAAAGACUGUGAAAGUACUAGUCAUGAGUAGUAUCCCUUGGUUUGUCUUCCUGACGUGGUAACCCUCCUUGAUAGUUGUCAAUUUUCUGCUCACUGGAAUGGAAUUGUAAAGUGAUAACAUGGCUUCUCAGAUUUUCAUCAGUAAUCUCUUUGAUGACCUGUAGGUCAUUAGCUGCAACAGUUGCCUCCCCUAGUUUGGGGAUCGGCUGUGACCCACCAUCCCCACCUGUCAGUCAUGUGCCACCUAUGCUUCUUGUUUGCAUGUGAGGGCGGAGUUGACAGGCUAUGAUAUUACCAUUACCAAAUAAAUAUGCUGGAAAACUAA